AUGGAGGAGUACCCGACAGGUUUCAGGUUCUAUCCAACGGAGGAAGAGCUCAUUUCGUUCUACUUGCAAAACCAGCUUCGUGGCCUUAAGCAAGACAAGCUUCAUCGUGUCAUCCCAGUCCUCGACAUUUUCAACACUGAGCCAUGGAAUCUCCCACAGCUUGCGGGAGAGCUGUGCAGAGAAGACAGAGAACAGUGGUUCUUCUUCGCGCCCAUGCAGGAGAGGAAGGCCAGAGGAGGGCGGCCCAGCCAGAGCAUGGCCACCGGCUACCGGAAGGCCACCGGGUCUCCCGGUUACGUCUACUCGUCUGACAACAAGGUGAUCGGCGUGAAGAAGUCAAUGGUUUUCUACAUGGGAAAAGCUCCCACAGGAAGAAAGACCCCGUGGAAAUUGAACGAGUACAGGGCCAUUGAACUCUCAACGACCAAUCCCAAUUCCACAAGCAGUAAUAUUUCCAUUCCUAAGCUGAGGCGUGAAUUCAUAUUGUGCCGAGUUUAUGUGGUGUCCGGGAGCUCUCGAGCAUUUGAUCGCCGGCCAUUGAAAUCGGUAGCCGAAGAGACAAUUGUCCUGGGUGGUGACCGCGCUGCUAGCUGCGGAAUUGGAGGCGGUGGAUGUGGAGAUGCAUCAUCGUCGGUAGUAGUAGCUGUUCAUGCAGAAAGAUCCAAUCAUUGGCCGGGAAGUUCGGAAGAACCAAUUUGGGAAUGGGAGCAAUUGGAUUGGCUCUAA